UUCUAGACAUUCUAGACCGGGAAGUGACGUUGAUUUCCUCCCCAACAGCGGUGGCCAGUUCCUUCCCCCUCUUCUUUCUACUCUGCUUCCCUUCUCAAAGAUCCCAGAACUUUUCUUCUGAUCGCCGAAGUUCUUGCCAUCGCCUUGUCUCUUAUCGUCUCACAAAAGAAGCAAAGCCACCGCCACACAGGAGACGUCAUUCCGAAGGGUGGUGCUAUCAUUGCAUUAAAACGCAACCCUCUCUCUCUCCUCUCCUCUUAAAUUCAUUCAAUCUCGCCCCAGUCCUCUCAACUACACUUGGCUCACUUCCAACACACCUAUCGAACAAAAUUACCCGACCACAAAGUUCCACCUCUACAAUUGAUUACCUACCUCCCUUUACAUCUUCCUACCGCAUCCCCACCGAACAACUACACAAGGGAAAGACCAUCAGAAAAUGUCCAUCAACAAAUCCCGAACGAAUCGUCCCGACUCAGACGUCAUCCAGCCCCCAACAGACAAUACAGCAGACCGCUCCGGUAUCGCCUCCUCUUCCGGGGCUGAUCUGGGUGCAGCCGCCGGUCCCACUAGCACAAGGACAGAAAAGCCCUGGAAACCGCCUGUGGUUCGCCAGCAGAGCUGGAGCAACGAGGACCAGAAGCAUGAGCUGCAGACUCGGUUGUUGGAUUUGGAGGAUGAGGAGGGAGACAGGCCCGGAUUCUCGGAGGCGCCAGCGGGGGUUUACUAAUCGGGUUCGUGGAGGUUGGAUUGGGUGGUGAAGGGAAUGGGCGACCGAUGAAUAUGAUAGCGGGUGGUUUUGGUGGUUUUUCUUAUGACUAUCAUGAUGUUUCUGAUGAUGAUGAUGGUUGAGCAUGGGAUUGGUGAGUGAAUCGGUUUAUGCGGAUGAAUGGGCUUUAUGAUUAGCUCACACAAUGCAGAUGUAUGUAGGAGGGAGAUUGCAGCGGCUAGUUUAGGCAAAAGUCUACUGCAUCUGCUAUAACUGCUGUAUACUGGUUAAUUGCUUCCAUGAAUCUGUGCUGAACUGACUGCUGAUGCGGGGAAAAAUACG